AUGCAGCGAUCACCGGCACAGUGCCACCCGCAGCACGAGACCCAGCGACCAGCGCCCCGCCCCAGGUCCCAAUCCACCACGGCCGCACCCCACCACGCACCCCGAGAGAACCCCCAGCGACACCCCCCACAGGGGCCACAACCCCCCAGGCACACCUGCAGCCCCCUCCCCCACCGCCACCACACCACAACCCUCUCUCAUUCACCAAACAUACAUCUGUCUAACUGUCUGUGUGCGUGUGUGUGUUUUACAGACGAUGCAGGGACGUACUUCCCCAGUGUGAAGAGGGACCCAGGUCGGUACCUUCAGCCCUGCUCCGACUCUGUGAAGACCUGGCUGCACAGCAUGAAGAACGCCGGGAAAGUCCUGCUCCUCAUCACCAGCUCCCACAGCGACUACUGCAGGCUCAUCUGCGAACACAUCCUGGGGAAGGAUUUUGAGGAGCUGUUUGACGUCAUCAUCACAAACGCGCUGAAGCCGGGUUUCUUUUCCUUGGUUCCCCAGCAGAGGCCUUUCAGAACCCUUGUGAACGACGUGGAGGAGAGCGAGGGGCUGCCGUCGCUGGAUAAACCCGGCUGGUAUUCCCAGGGCAACUGGCCACACCUCCACGAGCUGCUCAAGACCAUGACGGGGAAACCGGAGCCCAAGGUGGUGUAUUUCGGAGACAGCAUGCGAUCGGAUAUGUUUCCUGCCAGCAGCUUUGGGAAGUGGGAGACUGUGAUGAUCGUGGAGGAAAUGGAGGGGGAGGGUGUGCCGAAGAGCGAUGCAGCCAAAUCCAAUGAGGCCCAAGUGGAGCCGCUAGAGAAAAAGGGAAAGUUUGAGGAGCAGGGCAUGAAGUCGCCCUCUGCCAUUUCCAAUCAGUGGGGCUCCUACUUUGUGGACGUACACCAGAGUGGAGGAGGAGACGAGGAGAGUCAGAAACUGACCUGGUGCUGCCACUGCAUCCACAAGUACAGCACCAUGGCCAUCCCCAGUGUCGAGCACAUAGCAGAUCUGCCUCUGGAUUACAAGUUCCCCAGGUUCUCCCCCGACAAGCCCUGCACCACUGGCUACUACCCCCGGCCUCCGGAUUCUUUGCUGAAGAGGUGCGAGAGUAUGUCGUAAAAGAAAAAAAAAAAAAAAAGAAUAAAAGAAGAGAAAAAAAGAGAAAAAAGUCCUCCCUUUCCCUUCAGCCUCAGGAGAGGAAUGUGCCUCCAUUUUUGCCUGUAGUUUUCCACCUGACCCCCACAGGACACAUAUACUACACCCCCCCAACUCCACCCAUUCAGAUGUGAAUGUAAGCCACAGUAUCUCUGUAAUAACGCCUACAUUUGAACGUUGUGUCGUGGUUUAGUGUACCGUGGAAAUACGACAAAUUGACACAAUUAAGUGUGAGUGUGCGUGUCCACAUACAGUAACAAUAGGAGAUGUUGUGUUCUUACUGUUUCAUGUGUGAACCCUUUCUCUUUAUUUUGUACGGUAGAGUGUUUGACAAUUCUUCUGAACUUUUCUGUGACCGUUUACCUGUACCCCUGAAGUGAUUACCUCAAGAUUGCGACAGUCACAAGAGUGUUUGUCCCUAAAAAUCCUUCAUUGUGUCAGUAUUUCUGUAUGACUUGUAAAGUUUUUCUUUUUGAAAUCUAGUUUUACUGUAUGCAUUUUAGUACGCUAAACCUGACAUUUAAGUCUACUGUUCCCCUCCCUGUGUCAGUUUGGUAGAAGGUGUUCUUCAGGUCAUUGUUGCCAAAGAUCUGGCACAGUGCUGUCUUUUGUGUUGGCUGUUUCAAAAAACACCAUUCGGGAAACACUUAAUAAUUCUAAUAAUAAUAAUGAUAAUAAUUCUAAUGGACGACGAAGACUAUGCUAGAUGUUCUCUGUAUUAUUUCGGUGCAACAGUGACAUGUGCUCUUUGAGUGAUUGUGUAAAAAAAUGUGGACUACUUGUGCUUCAUUUAUAUCUAGAUUGAUAUAUGCUUUAACCGACUUCUGAAUGGUUGUUUUGUCGGUGUGCAUAGACAAGUUGUGCCAUAUUGUUUAAGGAACAUUUCAUUUGGGAAAACCCUGUGACAGUUACAGUAGAUUGUUGCUGUGAUUGACAUUAAAGUUCAUCUCCAUGGGUCCGGGAAGUUUUUAGACUAGGAUACAAAGUUGGGGGAAUGGCAUAAUGUUAGCAUCGGUGGCCAUGAAAAUUCUGAUAGACUGGUUGUUUUGUGUCGAAGUCUGGUUCGGGGGGUAUUUUCAGGUAAACUUCAGGUUCAGGGUGUAGAAGUUACUUAUAUCUAGUGGUGAAGUUACAGAUUGCAGCUAAUGAAUACCCCGAAACCUUGUUUGACUGCAGUAGUUUGUUGAUAACUUAGUUUGUUUUUUACUUUUGGCAACUGUAUUUAUGCUUUAGAACUUAAAAAGUGGGUGGAAGGGGAUGUUCCUGAUCAUCGAUAUGAUGGAUUAUCACUAAUAUUUUUUCCUCUAUUACUUUUUUUCUGCAAAAAUUCAAAACCCAAUGGAGAAAUGCCAUUGUCUUGUCGUUGAGGGAACCGGGGCGAUGCUAACUUCCAGCUAGUCUACAAAUCAUCAUCAUUAUCGUCAUAAUGAUAAUGCAGCCCCCCCAAUAAAUAAAUAAUUAAACAAAAACAUCUUGUGUUCAGAUGUUGUUUUUGAGCUAAGCUAGGCUAAAUUACUCUUGGACCUGCCCCAAAAAAUAACAGUGGUGUCAGUCUUUGCAUCUCAGCUGGUUUCUCCCAAAUAGAGUUCCUUUACGAUGACCAUCAUCUCACAAAUAAAGAGAAUAUUUUAACAGUAAUAAGCAGCAUAAAGCUGUCGGCACCAAUGUGAGAUUGGUCAUCCCAAGUGAAUUAUUACUUGUGCUGUGUGUGCAAGUGUUUUAAGCAUACAGCUGUAGUGAUUGUACUCUUCUUUUUCUCAUCUGACCUGGAAAAUUUGACUUGCACAUUUGCCUUAUGUUGGAUUCAUUUGUGGUCUUAAGUUCUUGAAAAACACAGGGAAAGUUAUAUUCUGUGUUCAAGUGUUGAAGUACUGUCAAUGAAAUAAAAUGUUCUACAAUUUUCUUACGUAA